CAACCGCGAGCAAUAUACACGACCGUCGGGCUAAGAUCGAGCAUCCAUAUAUUCUAGCAAUAUUAUUUGUGUGCACACAAGUCUAGCGAUAAACUAAGUGCUAAAGAGAGUUCAUACUUGUCACAGGAACAGUAUGUCUAAAAACAAUUCAAAAUGCCUUUAAGAUCAGUCUAGUGGCAGACAUUUUCAUGAGUCGCGCAUGCGUUAUUUUAUAUUUUAUCGUGAAUACAAGAGGAAGCGAAUGUGAAAAACCGCAAAUAGAUUCGCUUGAAAUCGUAACACGCUUUACGUCGCAGACGCAAGUUAUUUUCGCGUUUGAGUUGCUGUUCGCCAAUGCAUGGAAGUGCGCUUUGUGAUGAAAAAUGGUUAGGUGCUUGAUUCCAGUUUUGCUUGGGCGAUGAUUAAAUGUAACGAAAAAAGUGUCAACACGAUGGCAUCAAUGAGAAAUGUCUUGACAUCAAUAGUGCUGAUAGCUGGAUGCAUCUUAUCUUUAGUUGAAACACGUCGGAGCUCGCCAUUAUUAGUAGAAGAUGAGGGAGCUCGACGAAAUAGACCAGCCGAAUGCCUUUUUGGCAAAACACUCCGAGAACUUGGAUCUACUUGGUUCGCUGAUCUAGGACCGCCGUUUGGAGUCAUGUAUUGCAUAAAAUGCGAGUGUGUUCCCGUACAAAAAAAACGGAGAAUAGUGGCACGCGUACAAUGUCGAAAUAUUAAACACGAAUGUCCCAAACCAACAUGUGAAGAACCCAUCCUUCUUCCUGGAAGAUGCUGUAAAAGUUGUCCGGGCGAUUUUCAAAGUCCUGAUGUCGUCCAUGAUCUCCCGCAGACCAUACCAGAAGAAGAAGAGCGCAGUAAACAUUUUGCGGCUCUACUGACAGGUCGAACAUCUUCGAUAUUAAAACGUGACGAUAUGAAAUCAAUGUAUUCUACCAUCAAUCCUCUGAAUAUUGUGGCUACAGGUCGCUUCGUAUUCCAUAAAAAGAACUUAUACUAUAGUUUCUAUAUUUCGGAUAAGGCCACUCGCCCGAGAGCUAUUCAAUUUGUUGAUAACCAAGGAAAUAUUUUAGAGGAACAUCCACUGGUGAUACCUACAGAGGGACCAUUUAGUCUGUAUCAAAAUGCAACUGGAAAAAUAUGUGGAGUAUGGCGUAGAGUUCCUCGAGACUACAGAAGGUUACUCAGAGAUGAUAUGAUGAAUGUUGUUCUCCUUUGGGGUGGUAAAUAUCAAGCCGAACUGGCUAUUGCUGGACCAAUUGGAAAAUAUCCAGCUUUACCACAAGAACUAUUUAGUUCAUUACUUGAACCGGCACCUGGUACGCAUCCAGAACAAAUGAACGGAGCUGGAGGGACUGCAAUUGUAUCAACGAAGAGCGGAGUAACUCCAUCAAUAUAUUUGACAAUUGUUCUGAAUGGAGUUUUCGCUGUGGAUGAUAUCAUCGACGUGCCAUUAAAUAUCCGUUUGGAAUUGCUUAACAAAGAACAAAUAGUUCUUGAAGAUACACAACGCGUCAAGAAACCAGCACACGACAUAAAUAUUAUUGAAGUAGCUUCCCCACUAUCAGUAAACGAUCUUAGACUUCUUACCCGAGGAAAAUUAACGAUAACUGUUGAAUCGAAACGAAACCCUGAUGAACUCAGAAUACAGGGACUAAUUCAAACGCGAGUAAGUUGCGAAAUAUUUCAGACGCUGCUUUCAUCUCAUAACCCCACUUCCCAAACGGAUAGCAGUGGAUUAGCAUGGAUGUAUUUGAACAAAGAAGGAUCACUGGUAUAUAAUUUGAAAACUCAUAAUUUGCCUACGAACAGCAAUCCAGUGAUAACGCUGAUAGAUGAUAGUUCUAAACGAAAAACAGAAAUCGAAGAUCAGAAUUUUAUUUCAGAUCAUGUCACUGGAAUAGUAGAAAAAAUGGGACCUCGUAUAAUAGAACCCCUGUUUUUGGGAGAUUUGGCCAUCAAUGUUGCAAACGAUAUGAAUCUCAAUGCCCUCCAUGGCAAAUUUGUAUCUAGACCAGUAGCCGAUUCUCGAGAUUCUAAUGCUCCGUAUUUGCUGAAACGCGUAAGUCAUUCUAGCAUACCGUUUCAUUCAGUUGGUAUGGCCUGGAUUGCCGUUGAUAACGAGUGCAAUUUACACUACGAAGUGACACUAGCUAGUGUAUCCAGUACAUUUCAUCCUUUGCAGCUAUUUAUUGAGGAGCUUCCAAUAGAAGCCAUAAACGCUCCUGUAAGUCGAACACCCCUUGAGGACUUCAACACAAGCUAUGUUGAAGGAUUUGUAUUAGCAAUGCCAGCUACAGAGCUUUCUAAAUUAGAAACAAGUGUUAUUUAUUUAGAAGUUCGUUCGAAAUCACACGAUGAACCGAUAUUACGAGCUAAAAUGAAUUCCAUUAAAGUGCCCAAUCACUGCACCGGAAAUCAAUAUAACGACAAUGAUGUGCAAAACAAUUCUUUCGUGUCUUCACCGCAUAAUGAUAACAAUCUUCCAACUGGUGAAACAAAAUGUUACCAAUCUUAA